AUGUGCUUCUGCGCGGCAGCGAUCACUUUUGAUGGGAGCGGUGCGGGAAACCGACUCGUGACCGGCCUCGAGCAAGAUCUACUCAAGGAGCUCUAUGCAGCAUCUGCCGGCACAAAGGCAGUCGUGGUUGACGUCGGUGCCAACAACGGCGGCUGGUCCCUUGCGUGGGCGCAACACAAACGUCGUACUGCGCGUUUGCACAACAAGAACCUCGACAUCAUCAUGUUAGAGCCACAGCCCCAAUUUACAACACCUCUGACACUAAUGGCGCAAGAGCAUGGGUUUCGGUUUAUUUCGGCGGCGGCGAGUGACGCAGAGGGAGAAAUACCGUUCAUGUCCAUCGAGGGCUCUCGGAGCACCGAGGCGCACGCCGUCGUCUCCGGCCUCAGCAACACGGUUAAUGACUCAGCACGGCCCGUGUGGGUGCGUUCGCUCGACCUGGCAGCUUUCUUCCGAGCUCAGCUGAGCGAGGGCGGGCUCAACCUGGUCAAGCUGGACGUCGAGGGCCUGGAGUUCAAACUGCUGCCAUGGUUACUUGCGCAGGGCGCGCUGUGCGGCCGCGUGCGCUAUCUGAUCGUGGAGUGGCACGUUAAUGCGGUUGACCCCACCGAGCGGCUCUCUGCACUCGCGCAACGCCUCGCCUUCAGCCAGAUGUUGCGGAACGGCUGCGGGCGCUCGGCGCCGGUAGCUGUCUUCAACGAUGACUAUAUGCCGAACAACGUUGCGAUCCCCGUGCCCGGCCUGUCGAGGGUUCUGCUUGAGCACUCGUCGUGGGCGGGCAAGUCAAUGGGUGGAAUCCAUAUUUCAAGUACCACCGUGAACUUUGAGAAUGCAGAUCACAAGUUCUUCGCUGAGGCGCCGCGCGGGAACGAGGGUGAACUGACCAAGGCGAAUUGUCAAGCGACGGUGAGACAAAUGUGGAAGCACAGGCAGCCGGUUGUCCAGGCUGGCCUGAUGCAAAUGGGCAAGAUCGACAAUAGAACGCACGAGCAACACGCUAAAACUACACAGGCAAAGUUUCGUUGGAGGAUACAGAUGCAGUUUUUUUUAACAAGCUUGCUAGUCUUUACCUAA